CGUACCCUCCUUCCGCUCGGUCACGUGAGCAGUGUCUACGCGCAACAGUGGAGAGCGAAGAUGGCGGACGGAGAGAGCGAGCAGGCCCCCGAGCCUUUAACCGAGCGGCUGCGGCUCGUCCAAGGCGAGCUACGGAGGCACGGCGUGUCCCCGGAGUCUUCUGCGCUCUACUGCCAGCGUUUCUGCGAGAUCUUGAUACAAUAUGGUGAGAAAUACAAAGCUACUGAAGAACUCCUACCUUUACUGGAAGUCUAUCGGAUUUCCAUCCAGAGCUACACAAGUGCAAGGCCUUGCCUAACGACGGAGUGCGCUCACAUUAAUUUUGUACUCGGUCAGUUAGUCGUGAGCUGUUUUGAAAUAUUACUUUCACUUCCUGACAAAGAUGUUCCACAAGACUUGUGGCAGCAGCUGCAGCAGACAUUGCAGGAUUCUCACGAUGCUUUACUGGAAUUUGGAAAUAAUGAAUUGCAGGCACUACUUGCAAUUUCUAGAGAAGGGGGAGCUUGGAAAAAUCCAGUUCUACAGUGUAUUCUUUCCAAGCAGACAGCAUCUAUCGACGAGGUGAAUGAUUAUUUGAUCCAGGAAGGACCAGCAUUUCUUGAGAUUCGCAUUAAACAUCUGAUGAAAACUGAUCGCAAGUUUGAUGCAGUACUGCUUGCAAAGUGUUGUACAGAAAAUGCAGAAAUUAACAGCAAAGGUGCUUUUCGACAAAUCUACCUCACUUGUCUCUGCACUAUGGGAUCCAAUGAGGAGGCAGCAAAAGAGAUCGCACGUGUUGACUGCAAGGAAGUGCUGGAUAUUAUUUGUAACCUGGAGUCUGAUGGUCAGGACAAUGCUGCCUUUAUCCUGUGUACAACAUUCCUAACCCAUCAACUGCAGCAGGAGAGUGUCUAUUGUUCUUGGGAGCUCACUCUGUUUUGGAGCAAGUUGCAACGGAGACUGGAUCCAUCUCUGGGUUCCUUCCUGGAUCGUUGUCGGCAGCUUGGUAUUAUUGCUAGGACUGUGUAUCACAUAUUCUUCCUUAUAAAAGUUAUCCAAUCUGAAGCAGAAGGAGCUGGUCUCCCAAUCUCAAUUGAACUUUGUGUUGGAGCUCUUCGUAUUCCGUCUAAUGAAAACGCAGAGAUGAAGAUUUCCAUUUGUAAAACCAUCGCCUGCUUGAUGCCGGAUGAUCUUGAAGUGAGACGUGCUUGUCAACUCACUCAGUUCCUUCUGGAACCCACAGUGGAUGCGUACCACGAGGUGGAACGGCUGUACAAGCAACCUGACCAAAAAUACGAUGAGGAGAACGGCCCUAUUCCCAACUCGUUACACUGUGAGCUGUUGUUGGCUUUGAAAGCCCACUGGCCUUUUGAUCCAGAGUUUUGGGAUUGGAAAACUCUAAAGCGUCAUUGCCGUGGGCAUUUGGGUGACAAGGCUGAUGCCAUUUCAGAAGAUGAACUCAGCGAAAACGAGCUGGAUGGUAAUGAGCUCUUUGAUCAAAUGAGUAGAAUACCAGAGACAAUAAACGAUGGAAGGGAUAAGGAUGGAGAUGCGGGCAAAAAGAAAGAGAAGGUGAUGUCAGACCGAUAUUACAGGUGGCUUCAAAAUAUGUUCUUCUGCGUGUUGUGCAAGAAAGAUUAUGUUGUGGCUAGAAUGGUACAUCAUGCUAAGACGCAUGUCAGAGAUGGGAUAUUUUCCUGCCCUGUUUGUGCAAAAAAGUUUAAGAGAAAGGAACAGUUUACGCCACAUGUAAAGGAACACAUUAAAAAGCCCAAGAGAGAGAAAAAACAGAAGAAGAAAUUAGUAAAAUCUUUGCUUCCUGGAAUGAACGUGAAUGCUAAGCACUUCGAUGAUGUGAAAGUUUCGGUUAAAAAAGAGAUUGAGGAAAAUGACUACAUAAUCUUCAGCGGAGCGGACUCUGUGGACGAAGAUCAAGGUGAUGUGUCCAAGCCUGAAGUAGAUGACGCUGUAGUGACACAGUGGACAGAAAGCUAUCCGUGUCCGGGUACGGCAUGCUCGAGAUCUUUCAAAUACUACAAGAACCUCACUGCCCAUUUGAAGAAUGAUCACUUGGACAAUGAUGAGAAUGUAAAGCACUUCCUUGAAAUGAACAACAGGAAGGCACUAUGUAAAUACUGCCGGCGCCAUUUUGUCAGUGAUUACCAUCUGAAAGCCCAUUUAAAGGUCCACUCUGGCUUGGAACCGUAUAUUUGCAUUCAAAUGGACUGCAACGCCAGCUUCCAGGCGUUUGCGGAUCUGGUGAAGCACAGAAAGCAACACAAGGAAUUCCUAUCCAAGUGCACGUUCAAAGGCUGCAACAAGGUUUUCAGCGGAUCGUGCUUACUGUACCACCACGAAGCCCAGCAUUACAGGGAAGCGGCCUACUCGUGCAAUUUGUCGGGCUGCAAGAAAUUCUAUUUUUCCAGAAGGGAAUUCCAAACUCAUCUGCAAACGCAUGGCUUGACGAGUCUGGAAGAAUUUGAGGCCAGACUUCUGAAAAAAGAAAAAGGAAGCGGCGACUCCUCGGAGGAUGUGACGGAAGACGACUCUCAGCUCGUGACCGGAGAGGAGAAGCCUUGUCCUGUGGUUAGCAACGUUGCAGAAAAUGCAACUGAGAACCCAUUACAGAGUUGCAGCUAUUCUCUGCCGCAAGGAACGAUAAAAAAGGAAAAGGAGUAUAAUCCAGAUGAUUCUUAUUGCCCCGCAAGGCUGGAUACGGACAGGGCUGAUUCAGCAGGCAAGGGUAAAUCUGCAUAUCCUAACCUCCGGGGUGUUUAUUCAGAAAACUUGCUUGUGCCAUUAGAAAAGCUUGCAUCCUUUAAAGAGUUAAGUGACAUUGAGGACAUGAUGAAGGCUGCCACACUUCACCCUGAAAUCAACAGGAGCUUAGCCAAGCACAAAAUCACCACUAAUGUUGCAGAUAGCUUGCCAGCUUUCAAUAGGUUUGCUUGUGGUAUCGUUGGCUGCAGCAUGGAGUAUGCCUUGGCAAAGGACCUGAAGAAACACAUUAGGGCAGCACAUUCAAAUUAUUAUAAAGGAAAGAAGAUUGAUAAACACAGCAGAAGUGUUCUGAAAGGUACUGCUACAAGUCAAGACAGGGUUAAAGCUGAGAUGGGAGAGCAAGCCUUAUCAACGCAGCUGUUGUCAUUGCAGGGGCAAGAAGGACAGUUAGGUGCACCCAUUGAUGCACUUCGCAAAAACAAAAGUGUGUUACACAAAGCGCAAAGAAUUAAGAGGCCCAAGAAUAACAGGAAUGCCAAAUGGCCCGCUAUCUUUAAGGGCGAUAAGUUUGUAUGCUCUCGAUGCUUCAAGGAGUUUACGAACCCCAAGUCACUCGGUGGCCACCUUGCUCGCAAAAUAAAAUGCCCUUUACUGGCCGAGAAUAGCACAGAGGCUAAUGCAGUUGUGCAGGCUAAUGCAGUUGUGCAGGCUAAUGUAGUUGAGCAGGCUAAUGCAGUUGAGCAGGCUAAUGCAGUUGAGCAGGCUAAUGCAGUUUUGCAGGCUAAUGCAGUUGAGCAGGCUAAUGCAGUUGUGCAGGCUAAUGCAGUUGUGCAGGCUAAUGCAGUUGUGCAGCCUAAUGCAGUUGAGCAGCCUAAUGCAGUUGAGCAGCCUAAUGCAGUUGAGCAGCCUAAUGCAGUUGAGCAGCCUAACGAAGGCGAGCCACCAAGCCAGCCCGCUAACAUUCCUGAGGUUCCAACUCUCGAGGAACUCGUAAGGGCUCUGCAGAAGCUGCAGCUGAAUAAAUCUGAAGCCGUUGUGGGCAAAAUGACGGUGUGUGCCUCUGCUUUAACUUCAUCCCUGAUAGAGCCUGUGCCGACCUCCACCAGUGCCGCUUCCAUGUCCACACCUUUAGAUAAUGUUUCCCAACCACAGCCACACUCUCGUGAGCUCCUCCAACUCGAUUCAUCGAAAGAGGACUCGGGGGUCAUUAAGCCAUUUGUUUGCGACAAUGACGGAUGUGCCUUUAAGGCGAUGACCAAAGAUGGCCUCAUUAACCAUUACGUUAAAACUCACAAGUACCCCAAGGACAAGGUCCUCAAGUUAAGCCGCUUUCAACUCAGGUUUGCCCCAUUCAAAUGCCACAUCUGCCUAAGAACAUUUACGAGAAAAACAAACCUCAGAACUCAUUACAAACAAAUGCAUAGGUUCAGUAAAGAGGACAUGCAGAAAGGAAAGUUCUCGUAUAUAAACUGUGUUUCUGUUCCUGGCAAUAGAAACCCUCAGCUGAUUGUGCCAAAUAUAUUAAUUAAAACUGAGAAUGGGAGUCCACUCCGCACUGAAGAGAUAUUGUGCGGCGCUCCCAAUGUCACUGAAAGGUUGGGUUUGUCUGAAGACGCUGAGCCAAUUAAAACAGAAAAGGAUUCCCUUUAUCCAAUGACCGUUCCUUACCAGACUGAAGACUGUAAUUUAUUUGGAGAUGAUGAGCAUGUACAACUUGGCACAGUGGGUGGUAGCUGGCGGCAGCCUGGCAGUGAUUCGGAGAACACGAUGAAUGAGUCUUUCACGACUGAGAUUGAAUGUUCUGAAUCCGCAGAAUCGUUAAAAUCCGAGGAGCUGCAUCUGAACGGCAGCGUGGAGUCUGGCGGCUUGAUGCCGGACAGCGCGGACGAAUCCGAAUCCAAGGAAGAGGGUCGGGGGAGCCGAAGAGUUGGUGCUAAAAGCAACCUGUGCUACAUGUUGAACAAGUAUCACAAACCUUAUCACUGCAUUCACAAGGGCUGCACUGCGGCUUUCACCGGCCAGCCUAACCUGAUCCGACACUACCAGACGGUUCACCAGUACAACCGGGAGCAAAUGAGUCUGGAGGAAGAUCAAGGAAAUGCCAAGAAAGACAAUACCAAAGUCAAGAAAAUCUUCAAGUGCAAGUUUGAGGGUUGCACCAAGCGUUUCCAGUAUCCUCGCGUGCUUUUGAGGCACUACAGUGAAAUCCACAAGCUCGCCGGGGGCGAGUCGGGGAAGUUUGCUUGCAAUCAGACGGAUUGUCUCUCCCCUUUUAACAUGUACGGCAACCUCAGACGGCAGGCUGCCGAGUUACAGUUCAAGUGCAGCAUAGACGGCUGCAGCCGUAACUACACGAUCCGCUCCAGCUACCUGCGUCAUGUCCAAAGACAGCACAAAGCCCAUUACAAGUCAAUACUACUGAGGCCGCGGAAAAACUCAAAAUAUGACCGCAAGUCUAAUUUGGAAAGAUGCAACUUGGACUGCCUGGCUGGAGGUGCCAAUGGAUCCAGUUCGUCUGUUAAGCCUGAGAUGAAGCUGUUUAAGCAGGAGCAACUCACUGAUGAAGACAGUUCCAGCUCCGUGCCACUGCGUCCACCUAAUUUGGGUCGAAUCAGCGGAGAGAAUCUCUCGGACGAGGAAAGCUGCGAUUCCGAGUCUGAUGUCGACUCUAAUUUUGAAAUUUACAAGGCGAACCUCGACUCGUUGGGUUCAGCCCUGAAGCAGGAGUCUGACUUUGAAAGCCGUCAGCACGGCGGGCAUCUCACAGGCAAGGCUUGCAACAGGAAAAGAAAAUUGGCAGCGGGUUUCAAAAGGAGUCUCGCGGACGAUCAUUCGGACAACUCGAAUGACUCGUCGGCGGUGCAGGACGAGGACUGUGGGAGGAGUGGAUCCUCCCUGGUUUACUGCGGUUCCUCAGUGGACGAGUACGAUAAGGAAUUGAGGAAAUUGGGCAAGUGUCGUGAUUUUUUGUUGAAGAGCGCCGACUGCGGGCUUGCGAUGUGCAAGAUUGAGAUUUUGAGGGAUCAGUUUCCGUGCAUGGUAGACAACUGCCAAACCGUGGUCCUGAGCCGGCGCAGCGUGAUGAGACACUACAAGAUACUCCACAAAAUGAGUGCCAAGUACAUUGAGCAGAAUUUUAAUACUCUCCUAAUGUGCAAGAAAUAUUCCGAUCCAUCCCGCGAGAAAAAGGAACCCGAUUCUCCGUUUCCCAAAAAAGCCCACUCUGAGCAAGUGGACGAUGGUCCAGGCUGCAGUGUUCUGCGGCAACAAAACGGGGAAACACCGCUGAAAACCGAGUUCAAAAUUGAGCCCGAGCAGAUUGGGCCAGGGCAGCAGUUGCAGAACUGCAGCGUGGCGCACGGGAACGGCGCCUUUCCCGGUGGUGGGAACGCCCUGUUUCCUGGGAAGUCCGUGAGCAGCAGCCUGGCUAUGGGGAUGGCAGGCAGGGGUCCGGGCUUCAAGGAAAACGAUGCCAAUCGGGCCUUCCUCCCGAAGAACGGAGGAGUCAUUGCAAAUAUGGUGAAGAAAAGUGGCACCCAAAAUGGCUCCGUCUUCACCAAGUUGAAGCAGCCUCUGAAAAGGAAAUCUGAAAUGGAAAUCCAGUCGCAGAGAACGGACUCCGCGUAUUUGUCGCAAGGCUCCUUCUUUGGUAGCAAGGAGAACCAACAGAACCAGAGUCCUCCACAGAAACCAUUUGACCUGACCACCUAUAAACCUCUUGGCUUCGAGGCCUCCUUUCUGAAGUUCAUUCAAGAAAGUGAAGACACUGAGAACGACGUGGAUGAGUCGUGGCAUUGGGAACCACCUAAACGAUGCAAACAAUUUAAUUCACCCCAGAGGGAGUCAGCAGUGGACACUGGCCCGACAGAUUCGACAGUGGAAAACUGUAAAGGGUGCAGUACAGACUGUGACAAAAACAACACUGCUGUGCAUGACAGUUUUGCAGCAAUCCAGCCUCUAAUUUCACAAGGGUCAAUUCCUUCUUUGGAGAACUUACGAACGAUAUUGGAUAAGGCGUUGACAGACUGUGGAGAUCUUGCCUUAAAGCAGCUUCAUUUUCUUCGGCCUGUUGUGGUCCUGGAAAGGUCGGAGUUUUCCACUCCCCUCCUAGAACUGUUUCCAACAAAAAAGAGUGAUGAACUGUGUGUGGGAAGUUCAUAGGACUAUUUGUAUCAAUUUUGCAAACUUAAAAUCACCAUACUGUAAAACUAUGUAGAGAGAUAAAAGCAGUGCUGCAGAGAAUAAAAAGUGAAUACGCCUGGGGCUUCCAUUUGGGAAACGAAACCUUGGUUUGUUCUGGUUUUGUGCAUGAUUGUGUGUGUGUAUACGAACGAGUAUUAGGGUACUUAUCGGGGGUUAGUAGUUCGCACUAAGAACUUGAAUGUGCACAUACAUACUGGUGCUUUUCUGUAAUAUAUUGUACACUACAUCUCCUUUAUGUAUGGGUUUUGAGAUAGUACACUGUCAAUUAAAUGGCAAUUUUUCACAAAAAAACAUUGUACUGAUGGGUUUUUACUAUGUCACAUUGUAUUGAUGCUUUUGGAAAAACAGAUUGGUCACCUUAUUAAUUUUUGGGAUCAAAGAAAUCUUGACAGUUAUCAAUUUUAAUUUUUUUUAAAGCUACUUUUACUGUAGUGGGACUUUGGCGAACCCAGACGUUUUUUCCUGAAAUAUUCUUGUAAUCGUAUAAGAAAUCUUCAAACUGGAACGUAAUUUUUGAUGAACUUCACUUUUACCGUGACCAUCCACACAAGUUGACUGAAAUGUUAUUUAAAAUGGGCUCAAGUUUUUUUUUUUUUUCUCUGCUUUAAAUGGAAUUCUCCCUUUUUUUUAUAACUUACUACUGUGUAGCAAUUUUGUUCUGAAUUCAGCUUUUGUUUUAAAAAAGGACCAAAUUGAUCACUGCAGUAUUUUCCUCUGUACAUUUUACAUAUUCUGCCCUCGUAAUAUAGAUUUUAACAUGAAAGGUAGUGAUCUCAUAAAGAAAAUUAAUUUGGUGUGUAUGUAUUUGGAGGUGGUGAAAUAGCAAGAGAUGACCUUCUGUUUAAGAUAUUUUGAAGUAAUGUGUUACUUAUUUAACAUGCAGUUUUUGCUAAGAAAUUUCAAAAUGUCUGAAUAAACCUAGAACAUUUUUGCCAGUAAACUA